GGCCAUGCUGCUGAAACAUUACCUCAUCUUGCUGGUGGGCUGCCAAGCCUGGACUUUAGGCUUGGCCUACUAUGGCUGCCCAAGUGAGUGCACCUGCUCCAGGGCCUCUCAGGUGGAGUGCUCGGGGGCACGCAUCGUGGCAGUGCCCACGCCUCUGCCCUGGAACGCCAUGAGCCUGCAGAUUCUCAACACACACAUCACCGAACUCAGUGAGUCCCCAUUCCUCAACAUCUCGGCCCUCAUCGCCCUGAGGAUCGAGAAGAAUGAGCUGUCACACAUCAUGCCUGGUGCCUUCCGCAACCUGGGCUCGCUGCGUUACCUCAGCCUCGCCAACAACAAGCUUCAGGUUCUGCCCGUCGGCCUUUUCCAGGGACUGGACAACCUGGAGUCUCUCCUUCUGUCUAGUAACCAGCUGGUGCAGAUCCAGCCCGCCCAUUUCGCCCAGUGCAGCAACCUCAAGGAAUUGCAGCUGCAUGGCAAUCACCUGGAAUACGUCCCCGAUGGCGUCUUCGACCACCUGGUGGGACUCACCAAGCUCAAUCUGGGCAAGAACAGCCUCACCCACCUCUCACCCAGGGUCUUCCAGCACCUGGGCAACCUCCAGGUGCUCCGGCUAUAUGAGAAUAGGCUCUCGGACAUCCCCAUGGGCACUUUUGAUGGGCUUAGCAACCUCCAGGAGCUGGCCCUCCAGCAGAACCAGAUCGGCAUGCUCUCACCUGGCCUCUUCCACAACAACCGGAACCUGCAGAGGCUCUAUCUGUCCAACAACCACAUCUCCCAGCUGCCUCCCGGCAUCUUCAUGCACCUGCCCCAGCUCAACCGACUUACACUCUUUGGGAACUCCCUGAAGGAGCUCUCCCCAGGGAUUUUCGGGCCCAUGCACAACCUGAAGGAGCUCUGGCUCUAUGACAACCACAUCACUUCUCUACCCGACAACAUCUUCAGCAACCUCCACCAGUUGCAGGUCUUGAUCCUUAGUCGCAACCAGAUUAGCUUCAUCUCCCCGGGUGCCUUCAAUGGACUGACAGACCUGCGAGAGCUGUCCCUCCACACCAAUGCGCUGCAGGACCUGGAUGGGAAUGUCUUCCGCAUGUUGGCCAACCUGCAGAACAUCUCUCUGCAGAACAAUCGCCUCAGACAGCUCCCAGGGAAUAUCUUCGCCAAUGUCAACGGUCUCAUGACCAUUCAGUUGCAGAACAACCAGCUGGAGAACCUGCCCAUGGGCAUCUUUGAUCACUUGGGGAACCUGUGUGAGCUUCGGCUGUAUGACAACCCCUGGAGGUGCGACUCAAGCAUCCUUCCGCUCCGCAAUUGGCUCCUGAUCAACAAGGGUAGGUUAGGGACAGACACUCUCCCAGUGUGUUCCAGCCCAGCCAAUGUUCGAGGACAAUCCAUCAUCAUCAUCAAUGUCACUGGCCCCAGUGUUCCGGCCCCAGGCAUCCCUGAGGUUCCCAGCUACCCCAGCUACCCAGAAACACCACGUUACCCAGACACACCACAGUACCCAGAUGUGCCGCGUUACCCAGACACACCCAGCUAUCCUGACACACCCAGCUAUCCUGACACCACAUCCAUCUCCUCUACAACUGAGAUCACUAGCUCUGCGGAUGACUACACUGAUCUGACCACCAUUGGGGCCACAGAUGACCGCAACACGUGGGGCAUGACCCAGCCCCAAAGUGGGUUGGCCAUUGCCGCCAUUGUAAUUGGCAUUAUUGCCCUGGCCUGUUCCCUGGCUGCCUGCAUCUGCUGCUGCUGCUGCAAGAAGAGAAGCCAAGCAGUCCUGAUGCAGAUGAAGGCACCCAAUGAGUGUUAGGAAGGCAGGCUGGAGCAGGGCUCAGGAAAGGAGAGACUGGAGGAUCUGGGAUUGUGAGCAUUCUGCCUCCACCCUUGGGUCCACAGAGCCAGGCUCUCAGGGCUCUUUCCAGGCCCUAGAGUUGCUCCACUUUGUCCUGACCUGCCUGAUUCUUCUAUGGAGAAGCAGGUCUCACAGGACAUUCUUACCACCAGGGAGAUCACAUGGCUGUAGAAAAGCCCCUGGCAAAUUUCCUAUUCAUAUGCCUGGGCUUCGCUCAGAGGGGCCUUCCCCCAAAUCCUCACCACCUUUCCUUCAAGAACAACUUUCCCUGCACCCAGGCCCCCUCCUGGCCUCUGUAGACUCAAUGGUGAGAAAACCUGCUCACUUUGGGGGAACAGUUCUCCACCAGGACAGCCCCUCUCCUCAGAGUAUUGUGUAAGUUGAUUUUCCUUCUUUUGCUUCUCUUGUUUGUGCCAUGGCUUAACCCUGUCCCCUCAAAUGGAAGUUCUCCCCUUACUUUUCUGCUCCUGAAGGCAGGGUGAGUUCUCUCCUCAAAGAAGGCUUCAAAUCAUUUAGCUGGUUUUUUAAGACCUGCUGAGCCCCCCCCCCCACCCCCUUGGAGGAUGUGGUGAAAGAAAGAAGGAAUCCCAUAUGGCUCAAUUCCUGGACAUAGAGUUACCAUCAGAUCUCUCUUGUGAUUUUUGUCCAGAAAAGAAAGACACACGUGCAACAAGCUCAGCCUUGUAGAGGAUGAUAAUUCCAAACUACAAAGUUUGCUUGGCAAUUUUUAGCCCUUUGUGGAAUAAAAUCGUGAAGAAUGUUUGACUUCUAAAACCAUUUAAUUUCUAAAAUCCGCUUAUUGGUACUGAAUGGAGAAAGAAACCUGGUGCCUGGGGGUCCUUUCAGUCACCCCUAGGGGUUUUCUUUUUGAGUUUUUUAAGUUGAAGUAUAAUAUACAUACAGAAAAGUGGGAGCGUGAUACGGUACGGCUUGAUGAAUUGUCACAAACUGAUCACAUCCAUGUGAUCAGUGUCAAAUCAAGAACAGAGCAUCACCAGAAUCCCCAAACCCAAGCUUUUACUGAAGGACUGGAACAUCUGAGGUUGACAUGGACUUACCUGGAUUCUCACCAGGGGCCUCACUGCUCCCCCAUGGCGAGCUGUUGCAAAGGCCCAGCUGCCAGGGUGACAAAGAUGUGAUAUGGACAGCACAGGAGACUGGCCUGGAGAGGAAUCUUAAUAAACCCUGAGAUCUGGAGGGGACCCAGGCUGGCCAGGUCAGAAGUGUCCUAACUACAGUGGCCCAUGCAACCACAGUGUCUUCCCUGCUGAUAAGCUGCAGCUCAUUGGAGGCUCCUUGCCUGGGCCCUUUUAUGGGCAUGAUAUGCCUAUAUCUGUUUUUAAUUCACUUUCCAUUUGGGGGAAAUGAAAUAGCUCAGAGAUGAGAUCUUUUAAUUGAACAUUCAAGUGUAAUGGGAACCAGGGAUCCCUCUAAUGUUGUGGAAAAAUUCUCCGUCAACAUUAGUCAGCUAGCAGCAAGACUUCAGGAUUUUCACAGACAGCAGAUAUCAAGGCACACUGACAGGUCCCAGUGGUUGGAGUGGCUCUCUGAAGCUCCUCCUACUUAUCAUCCGGUUAUGAGUUAAGUCAUUUGAUCCAGGGUUUUCUCCUCCUUGAGUUAUAGUUGAAUUCCUGCUUGCAUGCCUUUCCUGCUACACACAAAUUCACAGAUGUUAAAGAAAUUAUGUUCAAGGCAACACAUGUCUUUCUCUGGACAACUGAUCCACCAGUUCAGAAAUAAAAGCAGUAAAAUUGAAGAAUUUCAGGUCUCCAUAUCUGCCCAAGAAAGAACUUCAGCUGAUCUCAGGGAUUCAGGUCUCAGGGAUCUACCACCAAUCCUGAUUGACUUUUAUUAGGUCCCUCUACCUCACAAGAUGAGUAAGAAGCCUCAGCAGCAUCAUGAUGACAGGAUGGCCAGGCUCCCCAACACAAAAUGUCCCAGAAGGAAUGUCUAGUGCAUGUCAUAGCUUUUAGCUGUCCCAGAGAAUCUGAUGUCCAGGCAAAAGAUAUUAUUUCCCCAAGGCAAAUCUGGGUCUGCAAAUGUUUUCAAAAUAUUCACAGAAUGAAUGCAUGUGUACUAAGUAAGGCUCACCAGGACCCAAAAAGAAGGGAGCCCCAAGCUUGGGGCAUGACCUUGGUCCUAUUGACAGUAGCCUGCUGCGUGGGCCCAGGGGCUGGAAAGGGAAUGUGGGUCUGCUUUCCUCCAGACAGGAAGCCUGGUUUGGCAUCACAUUCCUCAGACCCAGAACUCUCAGGUGCUUCUUGUGAGUGAGCUCCAGUGUUUCAUUGUGCUUAGGAACAAGUGGCUAGGGAUAGAGAGAGGUAGGAACCCUCAGCAUUCCAUGCUCCCUACCAGCCUUAACCCAGAACCCCUGGGUGUUUCUGACAUUGGCCAUGACAUUGGAAUACCUUCCUUUCUGGCCCAAAUACUGGUCUGAGAACAGGUGUCUUCAGACGAUCCACCCAGGUAGAUCCCAGGUGAAGGGGAUGGGCCUGUUAGAUGACCCUUCCCAGCUUGCCUGUUCCUUUCUCCCAUCAGAAUGGUUUGGAGCCAUCAGCCCUGUUGUUCCUUGUCAGGACUUUUGGCUUCUCUGAACUGUGCUGUUUGGUCAAGGAGUGGCUCCAAAAGCUGAAUGGAGUGCCCUUUUCAAUACAGCACUAUUGAAUGAUGUAUUGGCUCAAUUCUUGGAACUGGAGUAAGCUGAGUGGUCCCUGAAAUGUUGAGUAGGGUACAGAAUUCCCUUCACUUGCCCUCUGGGCACUGGUUUCUAGGCCACCUUGCCGUUCACCAGCAGCCUUCAUGUGACACGGAAGGAAGGAAUCAAUGUUGGAGGAAAGGACCAUUUAAAAAAAGUGUUUACUGUGCACAAGUGUCCUCCAAAGCUCGGGACACAUUCCCCUUUAACCCUCCCAGUGCACCCUUGGGACAGGGCAGAAGACGGUCACAAUAGGUUCUCAAUAGGCUGGGGGUUUACUUCUGCCUUCAGCCUUUACGCAAGACCUCAUGCUCUGUCUAGGGUUUUCACCUUGAGAACAAAGCAAAUGGGAGUCCCCGUCCUGGUGCUCCCUAUACUCUAAGUCACUGGGACCUCACCUGGUACUGUAUGGAUCCCAACUUUGUAAAUACAGGAAACUUGUCCAGCCAUGAAAGAAAAACUGGCCCCUGUCCUGGGAAUUGUUGGUCUGUGUGGAUAGUGUUCCUUCUCUCGAGAAUGUAGAGGUUCUAGAUCUUCUCAUGGGCAACCACACGAUUCCCAUACUUCAGAUGUCAGGGUAGAGCUGAUUCAGGAACCUACUCCCCAGCUCAGGAUAUGUAUGGAGAGCAGACAGCUAGCAAGUCACUAGAUGACUGGAGGUGGGGGCAGAUGUGGGAUAUAUCCCACCCUUUAGCUAUAAGCUACUCAGAUUUGGCCCACGGGGAGGCAGUGGCGGUCUUGUGAAGGAAGCCACCACUGUGGCUGAGAGAGGGCGUGCGGCAGGCUGCUUCCAGGUGGAACUCCUCCCGAUCCUGGGUUCCUUCUUCUAUGGAGAGAUCGUUCUCACCACCCAUUGCUUUCAUGCUGCCUGCAAAAAUAGAUCACCUUUGCCUUGCUAAGAGAAUCACUGCAAAUAGUCCCAGGUGCUUGGCAGUGCAUGUAGCGAUUUCUAGGCCCCCAGGGUUUUAUAGAGUGUGAACCCUGGUGGGCAGGGUUAAGGGUCUGUCUUUUGCUAGAUGCUGCUUGUAACAAAUUUGGUGUACAGAAUCAACAAUAAAUGGUAUACCCAGGA